AUGGCGGCCACGAACAAGCACUUCCUCGCACUUCUCAAUCUCCUCAUCGACCAGACGACGCUGGAACUGGCCAAAAUUGACCGUACCAAAUAUGAGACCUUCAUCACCAUCCAUCUGCAUCAACGUGACAUUUUCGAUGACAUCGUAGGUCGAGUGUUUUUUUUCCCACCAAAAGUCAUUCAACUCAAUGUCGGAUUAGGAGGUUUUGUGAUCAGUUGGCUACUGCUUUCGGACGAUGUCUCGCUGGCAUCGGCAGUCUCCAACUGGUUCCCAACCCCGCCUCGUUAA